CAUUUCUGCGUUUUGCAGUGACAAGUGAAAUCGGUGAAACCUUUUUUGAUAAAUAUUCAAGAAAUCCUUUAAAAUGUCCUUUUUUGGUGUAGGAAAUCCGUUUUCUACGCCGGUAGGCCAGAAGAUAGAACAAGCUACAGAUGGCUCUCUUCCAUCAGAAAACUGGGCACUCAACAUGGAAAUAUGUGAUAUCAUAAACAGUACCGCAGACGGGCCUAAGGAUGCUAUAAAGGCUAUUCGGAAAAGACUGACGCAGAGUGCGGGCAAGAACUACACAGUGGUGAUGUACACCCUAACGGUUCUGGAGACUUGCGUGAAGAAUUGUGGCAAAUCCUUCCAUGUGUUGGUGUGCAAUAAGGAGUUUAUCUCAGAAUUGGUAAAACUGAUCGGGCCUAAGAAUGAUCCACCGACCGUGGUCCAAGAAAAAGUGCUGAGCCUCAUCCAGUGCUGGGCUGAUGCUUUCUCGAGCCAGCCCGAACUGCAGGGUGUUGGGCAAGUGUACAACGAGCUGCGUACAAAAGGAGUGGAGUUCCCUAUGACCGAUCUGGACGCCAUGGCCCCUAUAUUCACACCACAAAGGAGCGUGCCGGACGGAGACGCGCCGGUGGGCUCGCCGGCGCGCGGUCCACCACAACUGUCUCCUAGCCACGUGCCCACUGAAGUCCCACCUAGCACUGUGGCACUCUCAGACAGCCAAACGGCCAAGCUUCGCGGAGACUUGGCCGUCGUAGAAGGCAACAUGGCGGUCAUGUCCGACAUGUUGAACGAGCUGACCGCACAACCUCCCGCCGCCACUCACCAAAGCGACAUCGACCUGCUCAAUGAACUGGCAGACACACUUCGCGCGAUGCAAACCCGCGUGGCCGAGCUAGUUGCGCGACUCGGCGAAUCCCCACUGACUGGUGCCCUUCUGCACGCCAACGACCAGCUCAACAAUCUUCUGUUACGCCACGCUCGCCUCCUCAAUAAUAGAAAUGCAGCCACCGGCGGUGCUACUCCUUCCGCCAUCCUGGGGGCGGCUAUGGGCGUGCCUUCUGCUGAUACCCCAAAGAAAAACGACGAUGACGCGCUUAUCGACCUGAGUGACGAUGUACCUGAUAUUACCAAGCUAACCGUAAAAGAUGCGCAACCCGACAAGUCCCCCGCUAGUUCGAAGGAUGAGUUCGACAUGUUCGCACAAUCCCGGAACGUGAGCUACGACAACAACAAGACCGGAAGCAGUUACGCCGCGAACUUGGAGGAACAGACGUCGGGUGGACUCGCCUCCGCCGCCAACCAGCGUGCCACACAAGGACAGCCUGCGCCCACUGAAAUGGACCAAAGAGAGAUUGACGAAAUCGCUGCUUGGCUCGCCCAAGAAAAGGCGGCAUCAGAAGCCAACGGCACCACCGAGAGCGUGACCAGCAGCGACUUCGACAAGUUCCUCGCGUCCCGCGCCGCCGCUGCCGACGCCCUCCCCCCCGCCACCACUACCACCACCAACCCCCCCUCCACCACCACCACCCCCCGCCACCGCCAGAUCAACAAGGACGACCAGGACUCCAUGUUCGCGCUCUGAUGCCCUGAGGUACAUUAAGAGGCAGGGCUGAACAUGGUACGGGGGUUUCAACACGAGAGUCAUAUAUCACCACGGAAACUGCACUGGUAUGUUAUAAAGCUUAAAAGUAGGCAAUAUUAUUGCCUGAAAACAGCACUCGUAUGCAAAAUAUGAUGUUAUUUGAUAUCUCGCCCCAGAACUUGUACCAUGUGAAUUGGCCUUAAGUUACAGUGGUUGUUUUUGGGACGGUAAGGUUAAAGUGCGGUCACCGAGCAAGGAGAAUAUCGUAUGCUGACCCGUCGCUAUAGUGUUACUAAAGCUGCCAAAACAAUGAGUGAAUUAAAAAAAACUAUUUAUAUGCGCAAUAUGCGCGUGUCAACCGGUACCUUUCAUGACCUGUUUUUUUUCAUACCUAGGUUUUAUUUUUAACAUAUGUAUUUUAAAGUGCGACGUUUGAGCAAAUACUGCUUUUUAACCGAAAUUUCAAUUCAUAAAUUUAGGGUUAAAUGUACCUACAAUACCUGCUCGUACAUACAAUUACAUAUGCCCACAUAAGUAAGUAUGCAUUUUUUUACUAAAAUACAAUACGGUAACAAAGCCUAAACUUAUACACACUAAGACCAAGGGUGUUCGGCGACAGACAUAUAGUAUCGGGUCAACGGCCGAAAUUCCUCACGUUUGGUGACCGCAAUUUACACCAAAAUUUCACGUCCCUUCCAAGUUUCCAACGUUUCCAAAAUACAUCGUUGUAACUUUGUGGUAGUACCACGUUAAAAGCCGAGUAUUAAAUAGGUGUUAGACGUUUGUUGUUUUUCGCGUUGACUCAUGAUUUGUAUGAUUCGCAAUGGACGGAAUGCAUCAAAUUUUAUUAAAGCGUGAAUACAUUUGAAAUAUCUCAUUCAUGAAUUAAGUCUUUGCUUAUAUCUUUGAUUUUUCAGUAUCAAAUACUUACUUAUUAUCUUUUAAGGUGGGCCAAUUUUAACACAUUCACUGCCAACAACCCGCUAGGCGGGUUCUCCGUUCGUAGGCGUUUUUCGGAAAAAAAUGCGUUAUUAGCUACUACCGUAGCGCGUAACUCGUGCUGACAGUGAAUGGGUUAAAGUUGACCAUUUAAUCACUGUCUACAAGAAUCUUCUCCUAAUGUACAAUAACUUCUAAUUUCAUUCUUACUUAUUAUUUAUACAUAUAUGCACUCCGUUGUGAAUCAGUAUUUAAAUAAAGUUGUUUAAGAUACUUUGAGAUAAUUUCAAAAAGGGUUGCCUGUAGGUUUUAUUUCACACCAAAAAAAACUGCUGCGAACGUCUUUUAAUCGGUCGAAUCACUUUGAUUAUCGACCAAUGUUCCAGAAAGGAACUGUUAUUCAUUUCAAAUUAAUUAAUAUCGGAAUUAUCCGUUAUAACAAAAAGCACCUUACACAUGUUGCCUCCUGCAGAACAGAAGCCAUAUUGUAUAUUAAAUAGUAAUUUAUAAUAUUUUUCAAACUCGAAUCGUAGGACCUGUCAUUUCAAUACAACUUUGCGAGAUUUGGCGUUUUUAGGUUCGAGAAAAAUAUUAUAAAACAUGUGGGUUUGCAAUUUUAUUUAAUUUGUAACGAACUGUGUUACUAUAAUUUCACGUAUUUGCCGUUUGGUGCCUGGCUUUUAAAAUAGUUUUAAUUGUAUAAGCUGACUAAUACACUUGAACGAUAUUCGAAAUUAGUUUCGCACUUCAUUCUAUACAAGUCGCUUCAAUAUUUUGACGCACUUGAACUUAACUGAUAUGACUUCAUAGAGUGACCAUGUUACUUAUGUAUUAAAUUAGGGUAAGUUUACAUAAGUAGUGUUCGUCAGAUUAUUAUUUGCAUCCAUGUGUGUAACGCCUUGUCUACUUAUAACAUGAAAAUGUAAAAUGAAUACCUGUUUUAUCAUUUCAAAUAUGUGCUACUGAAUAUAAGGUUACAGGCUGAUAAAAGUGUAUUAUGAAAUUAAAAUAAAUUGUUAUUAGCAUAGGUACAAGUUGAUUCACGAAAGCUGGCACGAAUUAAUGAACGAAUCUUUGUAAGAGUGACACCUGUAUCGGUAUAGGCCCCGUGCAUGAACUAUAGGGGGCAACAUAGGAGCCGUCAGAUUUUGGCGCGAGGCGUACCUAGGUAAAUGUGUCGUUUAUGCUUCCGAUGUAACCCACAAGAUGGCAGAACCUACUAUGCACAAGGAAACGUACCGACGAGAACGGUAGAUGGUAGCACUUGCUUUGCCAAUGUACAUGUGCACAUAUGUUUCCGAUUCAGGCCACAAGAUGGCAGACCCUCCAACGCGCACGGUCCCUGUACUGUCAGAGCCACCAUUUUAUUGGUGUGAUACACACAGAUACUUUCAUUCACUCAUUCAUUCCAUUCGUGCCAGCUCUUGUGAAUCGACCUGUAUAUUUUUGGGUGCAAAUAAUAUAUCGUGAACGGUUUCGUUUGAUAUGCUAUAUGUUCGCAAGCUGGAGUCUCUCAUGCUCCUAAACCGUAAUUCUAAAUUACGCUGCGAACUAUACACGCAUGUGAUAAGUAACAUCCUAGUAUUCUUUUACAUUGAUUUUGUAAACGGGUCUCUCAACUUUUUCUUGUUUGUAUGUUUUUGGUUGUUAAUAGCAGUUACGGUAUAAUAGAAAAACUUGUACUACCAUACAGAUAAAUAAAAAAUAAUUCGAAUUUGAUAAACUGUCGUGAGUCAUUUUUACGGUUUAACUGGUGUAUUUUUAGUCGCUCGCGCGACAUGUUUCAUAGAGCCUAGGUCUUCAUUUUCAAGCACUAACAGUGUAUGUGUAGUGUUCACGAUAGCUGCGCGCCGCGUACUGUUGCUCGUCGCGAUUAAAAAUAUGUUCGUUAUCGAUAUAAAUCAUGGUUCAAUAAUUAAAGUACUACCAGGGGUGCGAAACUCCUGAGAUCGGCCAAACUCGGCUCCGCUCGGCUCAGCAUUGCUCCGAGCAAUUAUUAGGGUUGGCACCACUUGACUUCCUUUUGCGUGCACGACCACAGAUAAGAUAAUCACUUGAAUUUUGACAACCCUAAAUAGCCGAAAGGGAUAGUGCGAUAUACUAGAAAGGGACAGCAUGAUUCGACCCUGAACCGCUGUCAAACUUCGUUUUUGUAGGAAGUUUCCUUUCUGUACGGUAGUACUAUUACUUAUUCUGUGGUACUACUUAGAAGACGUGAUAUAGAAACAACCUACCUACAAGAAAAAUUGACAGCCUCAAUUGUUUUAAAAACGAAAUCAUGAUAAAAUAUAUUUUUAUUUGUUGUAAUUCUUUAACAGACUGCAUUUGAAAGUUUUUGUUGAUUAUUGAAGAUUUAAGUUAUUUAAUGUUUUGAUAAUUGUUAAGUCUCGAAAAUGGAUUUAGAAUGGAAUAAGUACCGCCUAAGGAUUUUUCAUUGGUGCCCAUUAUCGAAGAGUUAUUGAUUGUAAUAGAGUGCGAAAGUCUAAGAAAGAAACGUGCUCCUUAGUUUAACAGCCGGAACAGAUGGCGCUGUAAACAUAUCGAAUAACUAAAACUCGGAAUUGGCCUGUUAGUCUUACGUCAACUUUUGACAGCCAGAAUUACGGUAUAAUGGACGGAGGCAUACGCAGCGCCAUCUUUAUCACCUGUAAUAUUCAAGGCACGAAUCUAUCUUUAUACUUUACACAUCUUACACAACCAAUGGAUCUUGCUAUUAUAUAGGUAUGAGAACGAUCGGGCCAUAUUGACUAUUUGUAAUGGAUUAGUUACCUUAAUGUUGUACCAAAGUAGCUUCUGCUAAUGUUUGUAACACAAUCAUUCCAUACUUGUCUGAAUUCGAUGUGCAGCAUUUGAUGUGAUAUAGAGAGAACAAACCGCUUUUUGUAGUCAUAUAACAAGCCCUUGCUAGUCUAAUAAUAAACACAGAACCGGACAUAAUAUACGAACUUUUACAUGUCUCGAAUACGCCUGUCGAAAGCGAAUAUGUACUUUAUGUAAAUGCACGUAGGUCGCUAGUCGCACGGUGAUGUAAGAAGAUAGCACAUUUCCUUGCACAAAUAUUUUGACGGUUUUUUCCGCUUGCAGUUUUGGUAGAUUGAACAGAUUUAUUAGAUCCCUUAGAAAACUCAGCUAAGUAGGGCUUGUUAUAUGAAUUCUCCAAUGAAAUUACAUGUUUAAAAAUUAUUUUACGUUGUAAUCAUUGUAUUUAAGAUAAUAAAUGAAUUAACUAUGAUACCAAAA